AUGCAUACAUAUUCAAACCUUCGUGAAGUUUCUGCUUUGAAUUCUGUUCCUCGCAAUGGCUCUUGAGUACCACAAAUCUGUGCUUGAGGAAGAAGAUGGGUUCAGCAACGAUUCUGCCACUACCCAUUCUCCUUCUCCUCCUCCUCCUCCUCUGAGUGGGACUGAAAGUGGGUUGGUUUAUAAGGCCAUAAGCUAUCAUCCUGAGGAAGCACAGUCUCUAAUCAACUUCAAAGCCAAUAAUGGUGGGUAUAACACUGUCAUGAAUGGUGGUGAAUCUUUGCUUAGCUUUCAGCAGAAAGAGUACUGUGUGUGGGAGAAUAAUAAUGGUUUGCACCAGUGGAAUCAGAUUAGUAGCCCCAGAGCCACCACUUCAGACCAAAGACUGAUUCAGGAUUUUAAUUGCAUUCAAACUGCUAGUGGCCAUGGAGGAGGAGGAUCAUCCUCCGUAGCCAAUGAUAACAAUGGUGCAAAAAAGAAGCAGCAGCAAGGUGAGAGUACAUAUGGGUGGCUCUACUCUGAACUAAAUGUUCCUUCUGAUAACAGCCUUCAGGAUUCUUCAGGAGCAAAAGAAGCAUCUUUCCAUAAGCGCCUUUCGAUGGGAGAGAGCAUGCAGGCCUCGAAGAAGCAAUGCACUGCUAGUAAUGCUGCAAGUAAAACAACGAAACCAACAAAGUCAAACUCAUCUAAGGAUACUCAGAGUAUUGCAGCCAAGAAUAGAAGAGAGAGGAUUAGCGAGAGACUCAAGAUACUACAAGAACUAGUUCCUAAUGGCUCCAAGGUUGAUUUGGUGACCAUGUUGGAGAAAGCCAUUAGUUAUGUGAAGUUUCUUCAACUGCAAGUGAAGGUACUGGCAACUGAUGAAUUUUGGCCAGUCCAAGGAGGAAAAGCACCUGAUAUUUCUCAAGUAAAAGAAGCCAUUGAUGCCAUUCUUUCAUCCCAGAGAGACAGGAACUCAACCUCAAUGCAUCAGUUAUGAUCGAGAUCAUAAUAAUUAAUCCAAGUCUGACUAAGAAAAUUAAAGCCUUUCUCAAGAGAAGUUGAUCGUUCUGAAGGGCAUUUUAGGAAUUCAGAAUGAAUGGCCUUUUCCUAAUACUUUAUUGUUACUUAACUUGUCUAAAUAUUAAGUUGUAAGCAGAGUGAAAAAAUUGAAGAAGUUCAAGUAUUUUCCUGGCAGUGUGCAUGUACUGGGUCAGCAACUUAUGUAAUCCCAGUUUUAUUGUCCACAAAGUAUCAAUAUAUAUCUGCUUUGU